CCCAUUUCGGAUCCUUCUAAAAACAAAACCCUAGCUAGUGCGGCAGACUCUCUCUCCCGUUUUGCGCAUCCAGCUGAGAAAGGGCGAAGAUACUGAAGAGCAGCGCGGCGGAGUGCGACGGGAAUCAAUAAAAACGAAAAAUGGCGGACAAGGCUGUGACUAUCAGAACAAGGAAGUUCAUGACAAACCGUCUGCUCUCCAGGAAGCAAUUUGUCAUCGAUGUGUUGCAUCCAGGGAGGGCUAACGUUUCUAAGGCUGAGCUGAAGGAGAAGUUGGCUAGGAUGUAUGAAGUUAAAGAUCCAAAUGCCAUUUUUGUGUUCAAGUUUAGGACACACUUUGGUGGAGGCAAAUCUACCGGAUUUGGCUUGAUCUAUGACUCCGUCGAGAGUGCUAAGAAAUUUGAGCCAAAGUACAGGCUAAUCAGGAAUGGACUUGCUACAAAGGUCGAGAAAUCUAGAAAGCAAAUGAAAGAAAGGAAAAACAGAGCUAAGAAAAUCCGUGGCGUUAAGAAGACCAAGGCUGGCGAUGCUGCCAAGGGUGGGAAGAAGAAGUGAUCUUCUCAGGAUUCAGGUUUUUGUUCUUUUGGUUUUACUAUUAUUUUUAACCCCAACACCCCACCUCCCCUCUCUUAGGACUGCACUCCACUUAAUGAUUUGGUGGAUAUCAGUCUUGAAUUGACACUAUGUUUCUUUUUGGAGCAUUUUGUUCCUUCUAUCGUAAUUUUUAAAUAUAUCACUUUUUUGGGUUGUGUCACAAAACACUGUUUGUAUUCCAAAUCUUGAUCUGCACCAUUGAAGUUAAAUUCCAGGUUUGGUUGCGUUAU